AUGGCCGAGACCGCUCCCGCCCCCCAGGCCCCUGCGGCCGAGUCGACUCAGACCACCCGCCCGACUCGCCCCGACGAGAAUGCCUUUAAGGAGGCUCUCGCCAAGGCUGAGAAGGCGCACAAGGCGUCCAUGGACAAGCUGAACGCCGUCAAGGCCAAGAUCGAGAUCGCCAUGCCGAACAAGAACAAGGACCAGCCCAGCCCGACCCAGAAGCGCCGCCAGGAGCUCAUCGCCCAGGCCAACGAGAUCCGCCAGAAGCAGGCUGGCGGCAAGAAUGCCCGCACCUCCAAGCUCGACCAGAUCAAGCGUCUCGACGAGCAGGUCCGCAGCCGCAUCGCCGAGCAGAAGAACGCCAAGGCCAAGGUCCCCUACAAGAGCGCCGAGGACAUUGACCGCCAGAUCGCCACCCUCGACGCCCAGGUCAACUCGGGCACCAUGAAGCUCGUCGACGAGAAGAAGGCCCUGUCCGACAUCUCGAGCCUCCGCAAGAUGCGCAAGAACUUUGGCCAGUUUGACGACUCCCAGAAGCAGAUUGACGACCUGCGCAGCAAGAUCAAGGAGAUCAAGGACAGCAUGGACGACCCGGAGCAGAAGGCCAUGUCCGAGCAGUACUCCAAGAUCCAGGCCGAGCUGGACACCAUCAAGGCCGAGCAGGACGAGGCCUACAAGGGCAUCAACAGCCUGCGCGACGAGCGCUCCAAGCUGCAGUCUGAGCAGCAGGAGAAGUACACCGCCAUCAAGAAGCUCAAGGACGACUACUACGGCCAGAAGAAGGCCUACCAGGCCUACGAGCGCGCGGCUCGCGAGAAGCAGCGCGAGCGCCGCGACGCCGAGCACAAGCAGUACCUGCUCGAGAAGAAGAAGGCCAACGCCGAGCGCGUCCUUGCCGAGGCCAGCGACCCGGCCUACCUCGAGGAGAUCCGCCGCGCCAACUCCCUCCUGCAGUUCCUCGACCCCACCCACAAGACGGAGAAGGGCCCCCUCAUGGCCUCCAGCGGCCUCAGCGCCCAGGCCCAGCGAACCGUUGACGACGCCGGCCUCAAGGGCACCAAGCUCCUCCGCAAGGAGGACCGCGAGGACGAGUACCUGCCCGCCGUGAAGAAGGGCAAGAAGGGCAAGAAGGGUGGCGCCAGCGCCGCCGCCGCGGCCAAGAACUACAACUGCCCUCCCUCCGUCGUCGAGGACUGCGCUUUCAUCGGCGUUGACCCGCCCAUGAGCAGCGAGGACGUUCCUGCGGUCAUCGAGAAGGUUAAGGCGAAGCUCGACCACUGGAAGAACGACCAGGAGGCUCAGACUCAGCGCAACAUUGAGAAGGCCAAGAAGGAGCUUGACCGCCUUGAGAAGGACGAGGCCAACGGCGUCAACGGCGGCGACAAGGUCGAGGAGGUCACUGCCGCCGUCAAGGACACCUCCAUCGAGGAGAAGAAGGAGGAGGCUUAA